CUAAAUACUUUUAACGAGUAGCAACUCAUCUUUUGGAUAAUUUACAUGGAUUUUUUAGGAUGGUUCUCACAAAAAUCUGGCUUAUACCAAUAUUUUACGGUUUGUGUGCAAUUUCCGCCACUGCAACAAAAUAUUUUUUUGUUUCUCUUCUUAAGAAAUAUCCUCAUAUUCUACCGUUUCUUGCGUCCCGUGAUGCAUCACUAUUUGGUGAAUGCGUAUUUGCUCAUCUUGUCAGCUAUUCUGCGUUUAUGUUAAUGCUGAUCGCUUACAUACGGCAUCGCCAAACUGUUGAAUAUUACGCUCAUCGGCUUGGAUGGGAGAACUCCGUCUGGCGUCUGAUGUCCACAAUAAUAGCGGGAAUCGGGUUUUUUGCAGCUCUUUGUAUUACCGUAAUCGCACAUUGUGAGGAUCCUCAACUUGCAAUUGUGCAUGACUUGGCGGACACUAUAGCUUUCAGUGCAGGGUUACUUUAUGCGUGGUCUCAAGCAGUACUUACUUGGGCUCUAGUUCCACGUAUGUGCACUCUCAAAGUUUGCAUAUUUCGGUUCACAAUAGCGCUAAUAGAAACCGUGGCCUUCAUAUUUUAUCGCUUUGUAAAAGAUGAUGUGAAUCUUUCCCCUCCGUGGCUUCUAGAAGCAAGUCUAUGGGUUAUUGCAAUAUGCUUCCACGUUUUCAUCAUCACGUUUUUCAUCGAGCUUCGGUUCUCAUAUCUUCACUCUCCGAAGGUCGUUUUUGUGAGAUCUGACGAAGCCGAUAACACACCUAUUUUGGAGAACGAGAAUAAUGAUGAUGAUAUGAUGAACAAUAAUAUUGAAUAGCAAUUUCUGGAUUCGGUUUCCGUAGAUUCUCUGAAUUCUCAUAAAAAAUUUGAAGCGUUAUAAAUUUUAACUUUAAUUUUUGAAAAAUAAAAAAAAACCUUUUGAAA